GGCGCAUCGUGCGGGCACGUACAUAUGGUUGGAAGAAAUGAGAAUUUAAGAAACGAAAAAGUGAAAUGAUUUUUUAAAUUUAACACCUAAAUAAAAUUAAACUAACAAAAUGAACACCUUAAAGCUAUUGACAAACGCUUUGAAAGUCAACAAUGCCGUUGACAUCCGGAAUAGUAAUCAGUUAAAACGUGCAGCAAACUAUUCCACAGCUGUCUUUAUACGUAACAUUGGUAGUCCAACUCAAGCAGCCACGAUUUACAGCAAUAAGGACAGUUUUAAAACACACAAUUUGCUUUGGCCACAAUUACAAAAUCAUGCCUGUGCACCCAUCUACAAUACACGCUGUCAAUUUGGUACAAAGAAUACACCCGAUAGAGCCAAUAAGUCUGAUACAAAAUCAGCCGCCAUCACAGAUGUGGACUUAUUUGGUGAAGCCUCAAAAUUGGGUUUGUUUGCUAAGUUUAAGUUAAUGUAUAAAAAGUACUGGUAUGUUUUGAUACCAGUGCAUGUGGUGACCUCGGCUGGUUGGAUGUGUGGCUUUUAUUAUCUGUCAAAAAGCGGAGUGGAUGUACCCUCUCUUUUACAAUAUAUACAUUUAAGUGAAACCAUUAUAGAAAAAGUGCAAAGUUCUAAUUUGGGUCAUUGGGCAGUGGCAUAUUUGUGCUAUAAGGUAGCCACUCCCGUACGUUAUGCAGUCACUUUGGGCGGCACCACCGUUUCUAUCAAGUACUUAGUACAACAGGGUCAUAUCAAACCUAUACCCACUAAAGAGGAAUUUGUACGCAUGUAUGAAGAACAAAAAGCCCAUCGAGCUGCUGUUAAGGCUAAUGCCGAAAAAGAACAACAACAGCAGCAACAAGAUCAAAAAAAUAAAUGAUUUUGUCAUAUACGCUGCAAAUUUAAAUCGAACUCUUUUAAAUAGAGUUAAAGAACAAAAUUUGCAGUGAGUUUGCUAAAAUAAAACACUAUAAUCCAUAAAGAGUCAAUGAAAUUUAAUUUUCAAAUACUCAUCAUUCUGCUACAACCCCUUUCCUUAAAUAUCCUAAAGAAUCUUUAAUGAAAACAGAAAAAAAACUCUUUUAAACAUAAAGAUGUCUAAUAAUGGAAAGUGUUUUUGUUAUUUAUUUCCUUAAAUAAGAUUGUCCUUAUGGCGCUGAGAGUUUUAAGAAUGUAAUGUAAAAUGAUUUUCUUCGAAAAAGAAAUUUACAUAUUUUUUUAUUAUUUAUAAGCAGAGUUUUGAUAAUUUAAGCUCUCUGGCUGAAAAUCUAUAAAAACUUAUUGUUUUAGGUUUGUUAUUAUUUGUUAAAGCAAAUGGUUUUUGAUGAAAAGAUUGUGUGGCAAAGAGAGUUAAGCAAAAAAAUAUUAUUUUUGUUUAAAUUAACAAAACUAUAAAAUGCCUAAGUUUAACUUUGUUAAUGUUAUUUUUUAACAAUGAAACGUAUAUAUUUAAUAAAUAUACUAAAUAAUUAAUCAUUUCAAAUGAUGUUAAAAUAGAAAUAUUUGAAAAACUAA